CCUUCUUGACAUCCUUGAGGAUGUUAGCGGAUCGGCUUCCCCUCUCUCCUCCUCCACCCGCCGCCACCCUCUCCUCCUCCUUCCUGCCGCCACCCUCUCCUCCGGCCAGAUCGCCCUGUCGCUCCGUCUCGAUUCCUUUCCUCUGCCAAGGUAGACCCGUCUCGGUCCCUCUCCUCCGCCCAGAUCGCCCCAUCCCGGUCCAUCUCCUUCGCCGAGGACGACAUCCCUCUCCUCCGGCAAGGUCGCCGCCGCAGGUCCUCGUCCUCGUCAAUCCCUUCUCAUCCACUGCAAUCUUUUGCCGGAUCCGUCCACCCUUCGCCGCCUCUACUGCAGAUCGAUCCUGUGGCACCGCCCUGCAGAUCCCGACCUCCAAGCCAAGACCUAGUUCCACCUUCGGCACCUUGCAAGUUCACAUGUUCCAAUCAGGACAUAACUUUAAGUGAAAUGGUAGCAAUAAUACAUGGCGAGUUAAAGACAUGACUACUUUGGAAGUGAUGAAGUAUGAAAAAUUGCGGAAAUAGGAGAUAAUGUGUGGUACACAACUGGGGUUGAUCGUUGAUUGGAAUCCCCCAAAAGCAGUUGCUGAAGUUCAAAUUAGGCAAUGGAUCUGGACACAGAGAAUCGUCUAGCUUCAUUACUCCUUGAAGAAGCACGGAGAUUACAGUCAGAGGCUGACAGGGAAGGUGUUCAUGCAUAUCUGCAAAAGCCCAAUGUUAGGCAUCGCCCAAACUCCCGGUUCCUCACAGCCACAGUUCGUGGAGUUCAACAAGCAAACCGUGUUGUGGAGGUUGAUGAAAUGUGGCGUGCCAGGGAGAAGGAACUUGAACUUGAGUCUAAGCUGAAAAGAAGAAAUAAAGAGCGUGGUGACUCUAGAGGGGAGAAACGCAAAGGUGACUCGAGAAAUAUGAGUUCCAGCUCAAAGAUUGAAGAAGGAACUGCUUAUAAUAGUUCUUACUCAGACCAGGAUGAUGGUCUAGGGGAUGAUGAAGUUGAAAAGUUUCUGCAUUCAAGGGUAAAGCGAGGAAGAGGUGCCGUUGGCUCUAGGAUGGAUGAACCUGGUCCAUACCUAAAGGCUUCAUCGCAUUGUCGAGACAAAGAACCUAGCCCGGAUAUACGUUUGGAAGAAAAAUGGGAACGCCGAGUGCAAGGUCCGGAGAGGCCACUGUUUUUGAGAUCCAAGUCUCUUGAUGAUUGUUGGCAUGGGGAAACAUUGGAUGAUAAUAAGCCAUCUAGCUCUUCUGAAGCACACAGGAAGAAGGAAAAUAAAAAGGAGAGGAGAUCGGAGAAAAAAGAGAGAAAAGACAAGAAGAAGGCCAAGCAUCGCCACCGCCACCACCAUCACAAAAGCCGAAGAAGGGAGUGAUGUGCCCCAUUACUGAACUACAAUUUGUACACAAGAAAGAAAGGGUUCUGUUACUGAAAGAUGCUGCUACAUGCUGCUAUUACUUGUUCGUUGGCACUGUGGAGUAACUAAAACUCCGCCAGCGCGCACAAGGGGAUGCGGUUGGCACUGUGCCCCGUGUUUAAACAUGUUAUGUGUUGCUCGAGUUGAACUUCCUUUGCCUAUAACAUGAUUGGCAUCUGAUGA